GUGUUUACUAAGCUCACAUGAGACAGGGAGGGGGUUCUGCCCAUUCUCAGCUCCUCCAUGCCUGCACUUCAUUAUGCGCCGCUCCAAAAGCCAUAAUAGAAAGUGGCUCUAACAUCUGAAGCAUAUGACGCUACUUAAGCAUGGUAAACAGACAGAGCUAAAGUUGUGAAGAGGAUAGGUUUAAUAGUCAACGCAGAAUACAAGAAGACAGCGCGGAUUCAUUGAGCUUCAGGAUGCCAGAGGUUCGGGACCUUUCGGAGGCUCUGCCUGAAAUGCCCUUGGAUCCCAUCACUGGCGUCGGAGUUGUCGCCUCUAGAAAUAGAGCACCCACUGGAUAUGAUGUGGUCUCUACCACCACAGAUGGCCUUGAUGCUGAUUUGUGGAAGGAUGGCCUAUUUAAAUCCAAGGUGACUCGCUACCUCUGCUUCACAAGGGUCUUUUCUAAGGAAAAUAGCCAUCUAGGCAAUGUUCUUGUGGACAUGAAGCUUAUAGACAUAAAAGACACUCUCCCUGUAGGCUUCAUUCCUAUACAAGAAACAGUCGAUACACAGGAGCAGGCCUUUAGGAAACGAAGGCUUUGUAUUAAGUUUAUUCCUAGAGACUCCACAGAAGCUGCCAUUUGUGACAUCCGCAUCUUGGGACGCUCCAAACAAGCUCCUCCUCAGUACACAUUUAUUGGGGAACUCAAUAAUAUGGGUAUCUGGUAUCGCAUGGGUAAUGUGCCUCGGGCACAGGACUCCACACACACCCCAACCUCCAAUAAUGUCCAGAAUAUGAACUCCACUUCUAAUGCAGCCCCUGUUCCCACUGCCCCUAUGCCUAAACACAUAUCAAUGACGCUCCCUGCCAGUUUCAGAGGAAAGAACACAACAAGACCAGAUUAUGAGCAUCAAAACUCCAAUCUGUAUGCCAUCUCCGCAAUGGAUGGUGUUCCUUUCAUGAUCUCAGAGAAAUUUGCCUGUGCCUCGACUGAUUUACAGCAGGUGGAUCUAAUGGGCAUCACCAUUAAGUCACUGGCUGAGAUAGAAAAAGAAUAUGACUACAGUUUCCGUACAGAGCAUAGUGCAGCAGCCCGCCUUCCUCCCAGUCCCACACGGACGUCACUCAGCUCUGAGGCCUAAUCCCCAGUACUAUAGUCCACACCAGUCAGAGAAAAGUCAACUACUGAGCUCUUGCAUCAAUAAAACCACUCCGGGCUAUGAACAAAUAAUGAACAGCCAACCAUAAGCGCUAGAGAGAAGUUGAUAUUUAAAACUUUCUUCUAAACUGAAAAAACAAUAGAUGGCUUGACUUCUAUCUUUAACCACAAAGAUCAGUCACAACAGAAAAUAUCUCAUGUAUCUAUUUGAUCCGCUGUGAAUAAGUACCAUCCAUAUUUGAGGCUUUUGCUGCAAAAAAGCAAGAGGACAAGAAGGACACUUGAACAGAAAUGGGUCUGAUGAACAUUUUUUGAUUCAGUUUAUCAAAUGUUCUCAUACUUACGUGGUCUUCUCUCUGUUAUAUACUUGUGAGAAUGUGAGUGCACUUUGUUUUGGGGAUUUGAUGUGUGCUGCAAACCACUACUUCACUGAUGAUGUUAUUUUAAUUUUCCUGUUACUGAACCACUAUUUUCAUAUGGAGUUACUGACACAUCAAGGGACAGGUGAACAUCGUAAAAUGCAGCUAUCUUUUAUCACAAGCACCACUUCAGCCUCUGUUACAGUAUAUUUACUUGUCCGUCUGUUCAAGUCGGAACCAAAAAAACGUGUUGAUGUUACCUCCCAGCUCAUUGUCUGUGAGUUAUGAUUAUUCACUGAUAAUUCAUUGAUUGUUCAGUUAGACAUGAACAAAAAGAAUCUUUUGAUUAUUUUAUGUGUUGGCUAUGUCUCUUUUUAGCAUCAGAUAUAUCCACUCUUAGCUGUUAACGAUCCUUUUUUAAACAAACGCUAACCUGUGAAGAGUCCUUGAUUUAUUGACCACUCUUUUCUAUAUUAGACAGUGUAAAUUGUUCUAUAUUAGAUAGUGUAAAUUACCAUUCAGAUAAUACCAUUUGGUAAUUAUAAUAAUGUGCUUUUUUAUUUUUCUAUUUUGUUUUUCUGACUUGUUUCUUUGUGUUAUAUAUAACACUUAAUAAUAUAUAUAACACUUCAUUCAUAGACAUAAGUAACUUUUUGCUCUACAGCUGUAAAGAAACAACAUUCUUCCAGUUGUUCCAGCCACUGUUUUUUUUUUAUUCUCUAAUACUGUAUUUUAUUUUCAUUUGAGUUGUGUGGCAGCUCAAAAACACCAUUGAGAGAACUAUUGUUUCAUUGAUGGAAAAUCUUUGCCCAUUUCUACAUAUUUUUAACCAUGUUUAUGUUUUAAUUUAUUAGUGAAUUCAGUAUUGAACCCAAGAGCAAUGUAUGUUUUAGCAAAAGAUGUUAAUUGCACUGUCUGCUAAUGUUAAAAUAUAAGCAGUUCUAAUGCUUGUCUUGUGAUGAGCUAAAUGUGUUAUUUCUCAUAUUUCAUAAUAAUUUACAGUUUCACUAGAACUAAAAUGAGGGCACAACCAGGUUCACUUUUGCUGCUUGAUGUGUCUGUUCUAUUGCAUGCUCGGUCAAAUGUCUCCUUUUCAAAAUACCUGUAUAUACACACUGUUAUAUUAAACUGAGAUGAGCAGA